AUGCCCCAAUUGGAAACUGCUACUUAUUUAACUCAAUAUAGAUGAACCUUAAUCGCUUUAUUUUUAUUAUUCUCUUUUUUGGUAAUUUCCGUCUUACCCGUUAUUAAAACUAAUUUUCUAAUCAGAAGAUCGGUUGGGGCAGGUUGGACAGGGGCCCCUAAAACAUCUGACUUAAACAAGGGGCCAGCUUCGUUAUGAAGUCAGGAUAAAAUUUAA